CACUAAUCACUAAUAAAGCUUUCUUCUGCUCAAAGUUGGUUGAGCCAACUCCUUCCGUUUUCUUCUUCCUCAAGACUAAUCAGCUGCUCUUCUGCAAUGAAAAAGCACUCAAAGGAGAACGCUCUCGCUCUUCAGCAGGAGACUCUCGACCUUGAGAACCCUGAAUCCUCUCCUCGUUCCUCCGGCCGGAGCUGUUCCUCUGCUUUCUCGCGUCUGGUUGGUCUCCGAUGUCUCAUCGUUUUGGUCCUAAGCUGUGCGAUUCUUCUCUCUGCGAUCUUCUGGCUAUUCCCUCGUCGAUCGGUGUCUGAAUUCAAAGCUGAUGGGACAGUUAAACUCAAUGCUUCAGUACAAGCAUCCUUUAGACUUCAAAAACCAGUUUCUGAAGUUGUUCGCCAUAAAGGAAAGAUAGAGCAUGAUAUCCUUCGGAGCAUAGGUCUUUCGAACAACAGCAAGGUGACUGUUCUGUCUCUGAAUCAAUCAGGUGCAUCUAACUACACAGACGUGGAGUUUGCAGUUCUUCCUGUCCCUCCUGACCAUGAAAUAAGCAAACACUCGUUAAGCUUACUGCGAUCGUCUUUUGUUAAGCUGUUUGCUAAAAGAUCGAAGCUGAAACUCACCACAUCAGGUUUCGGGAAGCCAACUUCUUUUCAGGUUUUGAAAUUUCCUGGAGGAAUAACUGUAGAUCCACUGGAACCUGCACCUGUCUCUGGAGUAGCACUGGUUCUGUUUAGUGUUACUAUCAAAACUUCGAUAUCAACAGUACAAGAUAGGCUGGAUCUGCUAAAUGGUCUAUUUGAGCAUAUGUUGUCUUUGGAGCCAUAUGAGAGUGUUCAUUUCCAACUCACAAAUAAACAAGGAUCUACCAUAUCACCACCGCUAACUUUUCAGGUUUAUGUUGCUUUCACCAUGAGAAAAUAUCUUCAUCAGAGAUUGAACCAUUUUACUCAGAUCAUUCAAACAUCCCGUGCUAAAAAUCUCGGUCUAGACGAGGCAGUUUUUGGUGAAGUCAAGGAUAUAACUUUCUCAACAUACCUGGAUGGCAAAGUUCCUGAUUCUGAUUUGGAAUUGGCACCAGCGCCAACUCCUUGCUUAUCUUCUCUGUGUUGA